AUGAGCAUCACCCGCAUUGCCCGCAUUGCCCGCAUUGCCCGCAUUGCCCGCCCGGGCCGUCUCGCGCUUGGCCAUGCCCGCCGGACUCUCUCCAGCUCGGCCAAGCUGGCGCAGAUCCAGAGACCCGUCGAUGGCCUUGUUAUCGGGGCCUAUGAGUCGCCAAAAGUCAGCGAGCCUGGAUAUAGCCCCUCUCUUCUUGCAGGCAGCUCGCUCCCGGACAGCGCGAGAGAAAACAUUUGCAAGAUCCUGGCCAGUGCACGCUUCAAGGGCGAGUCCAAGGAGUGUCGAACUCUCUACAACCUCGAAGGAUUGCCUCCGAUUGUCAGUGUGGUGGGCCUCGGCAAGGCUGAUGCUGAUGACAACCAGCGUGCAGAAAGCGCACGGGUUGCGGCAGCGACCGGUGCUGCUUCCAUCAGAUCGCACUUCAAGAACAGUCUCGCCCACAUUGAGUUUGAUGCCCUGGGUUCCCCGCUGGCUUCAGGCGAGGCCGCAGCGCUAUCAACUUACGCCUUUGACAAGUACAAGCAGCCCAAGAGCAGGGACCCUGUGCUUUCGGUGGAUUUCCAUGAUUCAGUGAACGCCGAUGCUGAGCAUGAGUUCGCCUGGCGUGUGGGCUUUAUCCAGGGAUCUGCACAAAACAUGGCCCGCAAGUUUGCCGACACCCCAGCCAACUUGCUGACUCCGGCCAUAUUCAGUCAGCAAGCCAAAAAUUUGUUGGAGUAUCUCCCUCACACGCAAGUCCAUGUCCAUGGCAUGGAGUGGGCCGCCCGAAACAAGAUGGGCGCCUUCCUCAGCGUGGGUCGCGGCUCGGAUGAACCCGUCAAGUUUGUCGAGGUUGUGUACAGCGGCGGCAAGGCUGACGAGCAACCUCUCGCUCUGGUUGGAAAAGGCGUGACCUUCGAUAGCGGCGGCAUCUCCAUCAAGCCAUCCACAGACAUGGCCCUCAUGAAGGGAGACAUGACGGGCGCCGCUGUGGUUAUCAGCGCCAUGUGGGCCAUCGCGACUCUCCAGCUGCCGAUCAACGUCGUUGCGUCUAUCCCCAUGACCGAAAACAUGCCUUCCGGCAAGGCCACCAAGCCCGGUGACCUCGUGACGGCCAUGAACGGCAAAACGAUCGAGGUCGACAACACCGACGCUGAAGGGCGACUGAUCCUUGCUGAUGCGAUUUACUACACCGCAACGGCACAUAAGCCGCACAGCUUGUUGUCGCUUUCGACCCUGACCGGCGCCAUCGACGUUGCGCUCGGAUCAGUGUUUGGAGGAGCCUUUGUCAACAACGACGAUCUAUGGAAGGUCAUUGAGGACUCUGGCAAGCGUUCGGGCGACCGAUUUUGGAGAAUGCCACUCGAUGAUGCCUAUAAGCCUCAAAUUCGAAGUCAUGUCGCCGAUCUCAAGAAUGUUGGGGGCCGCUCGGGUGGCUCGUGCACCGCCGCCAUCUUUUUGAAGGAGUUUGUGCCUCAGGAAAACGAGAAGCCGCUUGUGCAGUUUGCACACCUAGACAUUGCCAGUUUGAUGCACAAGCGAGACAGCUCCGGCUACCUGAGCGCUGGGAUGACAGGCCGACCCACGCGCACAGUGAUCGAGAUUGCAAAGGCUUUUGCCAAGUAAUGGUGGAUGGCUGUGGUCGUGGCCCAUCCAGCUCUUCCAGGAGAGGAAAUGGGCGACCCGUGCGAGCAUUUCAUAUCACAUGUGGUGUAUCAAUCAAAUGCCAUCGAUCCGCUACCACUGUUGCUUCCGUCGGCGGUCGAUGGUGCAUUUGUCGUGUGAGGCAUGCCGUUGAUCCGGCUGGUCGAGCAACAGUCGAGAAAAUGAGUAUCCCACCGUUGCGAAAGCAGCUGUGCUGCAUGUCUCGGCCA